AUGGGCAGAGUCCGGAAGACAAGAAAGGUGCAGAAAAUUCUGCGUGAGUCGGACGAUCGCGUGCAGCAGGCGCUCAAAGUCUCGCAGGCGCUAGUCCCGACAAAGCGCAGCGCCGCUCCGCCCGGCAAAAGUCGCGACAAAGCGCACCAUAUCGAAGAGAUUCCGCUUUCGAUGUUUUUAAAAGCGAAUCUCGCGUUGGGGCCGCCGUUUCGCAUUUUGCUAGACACGAACUUUAUCAACUUCAGCAUACAACACAAGAUCGACCUAUUUCAGGGCUUGAUGGACUGCUUCCUCGCAAAAUGCAUUCCAUACGUGACUGACUGCGUAGCAGGCGAGCUUGAGAAAAUGGGCCACCGUUACCGGCUCGCGCUGAAGCUUGCGCACGACCCGCGCAUUGUGCGGCUUACGUGCGAUCACCCGGGCACCUACGCGGACGACUGCAUCGUUCGCCGUGUCACAAACCACCGCUGCUACGUCGUAGGCACGAGCGACAAAAAUUUAAAGCUACGACUUCGGAAGAUUCCUGGCGUGCCGAUAGUGUACGUCGCGAAACACAAAUACGAACUCGAGCGACUGCCCGAGGUCGCUUUAUAA